GGUCACUGACGUCGAGGGCCUCCUGAGGGCGCUCAAGGGCGCUGCUCGCGCGAGUGACGUCAUCAGAGGCGGUCCGCCGGAGCCUGCUCAGUCCCCGGCGUCACAUGGCGUCACUGCACAGUCCGGAAGCGCCCAGACGUGUCCUCCCAACUCGGCUCUAGGCCCGUUGGUCCCGCUGUUACCAGCAAUGGGUCGCUCUCGCCGGACCGGCGCACACCGAGCGCACUCCCUGGCCCGCCAGAUGAAGGCGAAGCGGCGGCGGCCGGACCUCGAUGAGAUUCACCGCGAGCUGCGGCCCCAGGUUGCCACAAGGACCCGACCAGACCCCGGCGCCGAGCCCGACCCGGACCUGCCAGGGGGCGGCCUGCAUCGCUGUCUGGCCUGCGCGAGAUACUUCAUCGAUUCUGCCAACCUGAAGACCCACUUCCGAUCCAAAGACCACAAGAAAAGGUUGAAGCAGCUGAGCGUGGAGCCCUACAGUCAGGAAGAGGCAGAGAGGGCAGCGGGUAUGGGUUCCUAUGUACCUCCCCAGCGGCUGGCAGUACCCACAGAAGUAUCCACUGAGGUCCCUGAGAUGGACACAUCUACUUGACAGAUCCUGAGAAUUCAAGGCAGAAGAGUUGCCCAUGGACAGUGAUGCAAGGGCCAGUCUGGGAGAGACUGUACCAGUCUGUUUUGGCCCAGGGUUUGGGGAGUGGAUGGCCUCUUCCCAGUGCCCUCCCUCCCAAUAAAAUAAUUGGAUAAAGGGGGCUUGCCCCUGACUCUAA